CACUUAAAACAAGAAUCUGGCCUGUCUUUUUCUCAUUGCACAUAUCAAUAAUUUGAAUCAGCUAGUUUUUGCAGUGAGUAGAAAAUAUCGAAAUCUAGAUAAUACAAUCAACGUAGGGUCGUUACUUUCAAUUUACUUUCAUACAUGUAUCGACGAGGAGCAGUCUUUCUUUCGCCAGCGGGAUGGCUUCCUUUCGGCCGUGGCACUAGCGGGGAAAGUGCCCGAAUGAAGGGAACACGCUCUACUAGUGAAGAAAAUGUUCUUUUUAAGCGCAGUAUGUAUCGUCGUCCUUCUUCUGGCAAGUAUGCGGGAAAAUCAAGUUAUGCUGAGGCUGCUGCAGGUGUCGCUGCGUCUAAUACACAGCCUAACUCAGGGAUUCACCUGUAUGCAAAUAAAGAAAAUGCCUGGAAUACAUACACUAAUGACCGGUUUUACGGUGCCAAGCGCCUGAAGGAGUAUUGGAGGCGUAUGAUGGCUGAUCGUGGUGUCCGGUAUUACUUUUUCACCGUCAUUAUCAUUAUGCUUGGUGGCUCGGCGAAGCUCUGGCAUAUACAGCACAUGCAAACAAUUGAGGGUGGGUUACUCGGACCGAAGAAAAAAGCAUAUCGUAGCCGGCUGACCAUUGUGUUGGACGUGGACGAGACUAUUUUGUCCUACGGUGAUAAGGCUUUUCGGAUGAAGGCGGGGCUCAUACCUCGGCCUUACCUGGCGGAGCUCCUAGACUACCUAACCACAAUAGACGCAGAGGUGGUUCUGUGGUCAGCGUGUAGCGAUCGCUACAUGAGACAGGUCCUUGGUGUCAUUGAUCCUUCUGGCAUUAGAAUUUCUCACUACAUCACUCGCAGUAACGACUGGUUCACGAAGGAUAAUUAUUAUGAGAAAAACAUUUUGUGGCUCAAGCGCCCUCUUGAGGAUACACUCAUUAUUGAAAAUCGACCGCUAAGUGUGAGGAAUUGCAACGCGAACGCUAUACUUGUAGAUGACUUCAUCCGUGGUGAGUACAUGGAUACUGGACGAGACCAUCCUGAGGACGACCAUGCACUGCGUACCAUUAAAGUAAUUAUAGAGGACCUGGAGCAGACUGGAAUGUCUGUGCCAGAGUAUUUGCAGAAUCAAAAGGUUAGAAAUAAGGAGAUUAAGGAAAUUCCAUGUCACCUUUGCAUAAGACAGUUGCCAGAUGAGAUCGCCCGUGGUGUUUUCUAUUUUGUAGGGAAUAAGUAUAAGAUGUAG